AUGCCGCAUGCCGUCCCAGUCUACAUGAGGCCGUCCAACAAGGACAGGCUAUACAUCGCACUAUACGCCAGGGGCGGAGACAGCCUGAUGUCUGGUGGCGAGGACAAAUACCACUGGGCUCUCCUCGUCGGCCCAAAACACGAAGACAACAACUCGAAAGGCAAACGUUAUCACGUCAAGGAGACCAUGACGACCGUCGACGGCCGCACGCAGAGCCGCUGGGUAUUCGAGGAGCGCGAAAUAGGCAUGAACCCAACGGCCAUGAUACUAGUGCGCGUGAUCAUCGGCAAGGUGACCAAUGCCGAGCGCGUCGCCGCUCUGCUGCGCGAGGUGCCCGUCAGAGACAACCAGUCCGGCUGGAAUUGCGUGUGGUGGCUUCGGGAGGCGCUCGAGAUGCUGCGAGCCGAUGGCAAGGCGCUGAGCCGCUCGUCCUCGAUUGCAUGGGAGGACGCUGGGAAGGCGGCGAUGGAGUUUGUGCAUCGCAAGGAGCGCGAGCAUCGCUUUGAUGGGAGGGCGGCGCCUGGCUGGUUUGAUAUGAACCGCGUCGCGACGUACGACUUGCUGCAGGGUGAAGAGAUCGUUGCUUGA